CCAGAACACAAAAUAUGGGAUUCUAAAACAAUAAAAAAACAAACAAAUCCAAAAUAUAUUUUAUAAAAAAAAUAGUCACAAUAGUCACUUUAUAGAGAAAAGGGAUUAAAUAGGGGGUCUGAAAUAAUCAUUCUGGCGAUAAGAAAAGCUGAUCUGCUCAAGAUCCUGUCCAACUGUUAAAUGGUAACUUGGCUUGCCAUAAAURCCUCCUGCUGCAGUGAACCCGUCAGCGCGCACUCCCCCGCUUUAUGUGCGCGCACGUCUUAUAUUAGGGAAUUAUUCCCGUCCAGGUUGAAGUUUACAGAUAUUUCAUUGCGAUGAAGAGUCGUUUGUUUUUCUUCCAGUUCUUGUGAGUGGAGCGGCGCAGACAUUUCUACGCGUCACAACAAAACAGGAUAUUGACCCAGGACAAGAUGAGCCCGUCAAUAAUGGCACCAUGGAUCUUAUGGCGGUAGCCUCCCUCCACUGACCUCUCCUCCUCCCCAUCCCUUCCUCCACCUGUCCCCUCUGAACCCCCCAUCCCUUACGGACCGCCCGCCACUCGGCUGCAUCAUGGCAGGGGAGAAGGGGCCCAGCAAGCGAAGCGCCAUGGACAUCAAGCGCCUGGCGAGCCUCAUCCAGAGGAGCACGGGUCGCUUGCUGGUGAUUGACAGCCGGACRUUCUCCGAGUUCAACGCCUCCCACGUGCAAGGUGCCGUCAACGUUUGCUACUCCAAGCUGGUGAAGAGGCGACUGCAGCAGGACAAGGUGUCCGUCACUGAGCUGCUGCAGCCCAACGGCAAGGUGAAGGUGGAGCUGGGCAGGAAGCAGGAAGUGGUGGUUUACGACCAGAGUUCCAAAGAAGCGGGACACCUGUCCAAAGAUGGCUUUGUGCACAUUCUCAUGGGGAAGCUGGAGGGCACCUUCCACAAAGUUUCCCUCCUCACAGGAGGCUUUGCAGCUUUCUCCUCCUGUUUUCCCGGCCUGUGUGAGGGGAAGCCAGCCACUGCUCUGCCAAUGAGCUUGUCCCAGCCAUGUUUGCCGGUGGCUAACGUAGGACCCACUCGUAUCCUGCCUCACCUUUACCUGGGUUCACAGAAAGACGUUCUGAACAAGGAUCUGAUGGCUCAGAAUGGCAUCACCUAUGUGCUAAAUGCCAGCAACACCUGCCCCAAGCCAGACUUCAUCAGCGAGAGCCACUUCAUGCGCAUCCCAGUUAAUGAUAACUACUGCGAGAAGCUGCUUCCCUGGCUGGAUAAAACGAAUGAAUUCAUAGACAAAGCUAAGGUGUCAAACUGCAGAGUCAUUGUGCACUGCCUGGCUGGAAUCUCACGUUCAGCAACCAUCGCCAUCGCAUACAUCAUGAAGACAAUGGGCUUAUCAUCAGAUGAUGCCUACAGGUUUGUGAAGGACAGGAGGCCGUCCAUAUCCCCCAACUUCAACUUCCUGGGUCAGCUGCUGGAGUUUGAGAAGGGYCUGCGGUUACUACAAGCUCUAACCACUGACAACAUCUCUGAAAACAACUCGAAGCAAAGUUCAGAGGUGAACGGCGUCACCACAGGUUUCGAGAAGCACGGUCACCAAAGCGGCUUCGACUCGCAAGUGGCUGAGACGCACCUCCCGCCAGAACUCAARCUCCCGUCCCCCAGCUCCCUCCAGCAAGGCUUCAAUGGCCUGCACCUCUCCGCAGAGAGAAUCAUGGACACGAACAGGCUCAAACGCUCCUUCUCCCUGGACAUCAAGUCGGUGUACUCUCCUAACGGCCAUGCGCACUGCCUCAACAUGGCGCCCACGCAUUCUGAAGACAUCCCCAAGCUGUGCAAACUCGACAGCCCAGGAACGGGCACCACCAAUGGKGUCUGCUCUCAGUCGCCCGUCCUCGACAGCCCCUGCUCAUCCGAUUCUCCGUUUCCCUCUCCGAGCAGCGGGGGGAGCGUAGGAGGUCUGGGGCUCRGUGGAAGUGAAGGAGUCCAUCGAUCCGGCGUCUCCUCUUCCAGAUUAAGGAGAAAAAACAAGCACAGCUGUGGAAGUUCUCCGGUCCACACCCAAACAAAUCAAGCUCCCCAGUCCCUCAGCUUGCUGCUCGACCACAAGAGCCCCAGUCUGGACGACAACCUGAAGGGCUCCCUGCUCCUCUCACUGCCGUCCCUGCCCACUGUGGGGUCCGAGGCCAUGUGGACCAAACACAGAGACACUGUUCAGGCGACCACUCCAGUCACUCCAGUCACCCCAACCACAGAUGCUCCCUGGCAUUUUGGGGCAGAGGAAGGGGGUGAGCGGGACAUGGAGCUGGGAGGAGGCGACGGAAGGGGAGAAGAGUCGUCGCAGAGGUUCGGGAGCAGCUCGGCGUACGUGGCGUUCGGGUGCAGCGAAAGCGUWAGGUUACGAGAGAAGUCCCAGCGGGAGAAGUCGACGGCGCCACAGACGCAGCGAGACCACUGGGACCCGACGUCGUCCUCGGCAAUGACCAACAAUUCGCCUGCACCCGAGAAGCAGUUCAAGCGGCGCAGCUGUCAGAUGGAGUUCGAGGAGGGCAUCUCUGAGACGAGGUCCAGAGAAGAACUGGGGAAAAUUGGAAAGCAGUCAAGCUUCUCUGGAAGCAUGGAGAUCAUCGAGGUGUCCUGACAGAUAAUGGGCAUUUUUUAGAGCUGCCCCUUGUGGACACAUGGACCUGUUCUAAGGGAGUGCAAGCAGAGGACUUAUGAAGCGGAGCAGAAGUUUCUUUGUGUUCCACUCACACAGUGUUAAGACUCCAACUGAGGGAAGGACUAARGCAAACUGRACGUUAAUGUGAAAAGGUAGCAAACUAGGAUUUACACCCGGACCGACAGAGCCUCAGAUGUGCUGCUUAGUUGACCAUACCCAUUCUGAACACCUCUUUGAAAUUUGAGGUAAAGUCUCUGAUGGGGGGAGAUAAAGGGGAUGACUGCUGGUACUGUAUCUUUUAAAUGUUUAUGAGCUCUGUCACAGAUUUAAAAAAAAGAAAUAUUCCCAGGCAAAUGUCAUGCUGCAUCCUUGCAUCCUGAAUAUAUAAAAGCCCCUGAAAUUUGACAGAGUUCAGACAAACUGUUUGCCUGUGGUUAAAUGUAGUGUGCUUCAGUGGGUGUGUAGCUUGUGAUUUUAACCCUCCCAAUGCUUCACCCCCGUGUCAGAGAGCCUCAGAACCAUGCACGUCCACAUCCACCACCCCCCACCCCCCGUGGCUCAGCCUGCCCCAAAUGCUGCAAAAUAACAUCGACAGAGGUGGACUCCUUUACAGUACAGUCUUCACACAUCAUUACAGCACAAGGCGGGGGAGAGCCCCUAUUAACAACGGUACUGCUUUCAAUUAAUGAAGGAUCCUCAGCAUUUUGUUGACAAAAUAGACUGAGUCAAAGACUCAUCGUGAUGGACAACCACCUGCCCGCCCCUUUAAAAAAAGCACAGAGUUUUUUUCUGACUGUUCCAAGUGUUAACAGCAUGACGGGACUGAAGUUUGGGGAUUCUCCCUUCCGUCAAACCCAGCCACCACCCAUGGUCACCAGUGAGCAUGCACCUGAGAGGCCGACUCCAGACAGACAAAUACUAUAUAUACUAAAUGAAUAUAUAUAGCAAUUUUAAUGAACUUCUGUUCAGUUAUAGUUUUAAUUUAUUGUAUUGCUUCAUUCUGGUAAUGAGAAAUAAUAUAAAGUUUUGUGGAUUCAUUUUUUUUCUUUUGUUGACUUAUUAUUAUUAUUAUUAUUAUUUGCUGUAUGGUAUUUAUGAACACACACUCAUACAAAUACACACUUUUAACAAAUUCAAGCAAGCAAUAUGUGCUGUUUCUUCUUUAGAGAGAGUGAUGUUUGACUUUGAGAUCCACUUUUUUGCUUUCUGGCCAUCAGUUACUCUUCACACCCAGUCAAUGGGAUUUUCUUUGUCUCUGUUUUGCUAAAAAAAAACAACAUAAAAUUUAUUAUUUUUUCCCUCAUUGAGGGCUCAAAUAUAGACUAAAAUGACUGUUUUUAUUUUUAGUUUUUUGUGCACAGAAAAGGCAGAUAGCCAUACACACUCUGGUCACCCUUUCAGUUAAACACGAGGGCUUGCAUGGCAACAACUUUAUGCAAACAGACACAUUGAUUCACAAGUUUAGGAUAAGAAAACGUGUGCCGAGUGUCUCCUCCAAGCCAGCGCCGGUUGGUCAGUUCUGAUGACAGGAUGUUCCAACGAACCCGAAGCAAGACGACACAUACUUCUAUUAAAUUGUACGCCCUUAUGCUUACACUCACACAUCAAAAACAGGCCCAAAUCCACCCUUUUGUUUCAUUCUCAGGGGAUCUUACAGUGAGCCAAGCCCAACACAGGGUACACAGCUGCUGGUACAUCAGCAAAGUGCAUGUUCAUAAAGCCUCUCGUGCGCGCUCUCUGUCUGUUUUUGCUCUUCUUUCACAAAUCUCCAAAGCUUUGAUCAAAACAGCAGAACACCACGGACAGAAAAGGACAAAAAAAUCAGGAUCUUCAACUUCUGUGGUGGGAAAUAAAAAGAAACUUUGCUCUCCUGGUGUGAGACGGUUAUUUAUUUAUGAUGUAAUUCAUGUUUCCUUUUCUUUGACCCUUGAUUAGCUUUAAUCUCUGAUCUCUGACCUUUGACCUUAUGCUGCUACAGCUACAAGUUUAGAUCAAGCCCCGUGUGUCCCUGGGGUUCACGCAAACCUCCCCUUUUCUCACCUUCCUCCUGAUAUUUUGAAGAAACAUUGUGAUUAACAUUUAUGCUAUGUAACAAGGAUGAUGCAGGCUGUCCCAUUUGCUAAAUUGUUAUUGUAUUAUUAUUAUUAUUAUUAUUAUUAUUAUUAUUAUUAUUAUGUAAAUAACAACCAUCUAAGAACACUGAUGAAGUUAGAUGAGUUUUUUUUAAAUGAAAUCCUGAUAUCUAGGAUUUAGGAUAGGCUGCUUGAUGCAAAAAUACCUCAGGUUCUAUUGAAAGGCUUUUCCUUCCCCUGUACAUGUUUUGUGAAAAUAAGACAAAAAUACAAACAUGACAAAAUACAAA